GCUUUCGUAUUUUCUUGAGAUGGAUGACGCAAAAGAGAGAAACGUGGAAGGUGUAACAUCUUUUCGCGAUGUUCUGCAAAAAUGGAACGAUUACUACAUCAACAAUGAUUUUGGCAUUGGAAUUCAAUGUGACAAAUGUAAAAAAUGGCGAAGAGUAUUUCAGUACGAAGACGAAAGUGAAGUUCCCGAGGUCUGGACUUGCGAUAUGUGGGAGAUAGAUAAUAAGCGAAAAGGAAAUUGCAAAAUGCCUUCCCUUUUAACGGAAGAUGAUUUGGUAGAUGCGAAGUUUGUACCUGGUUCUAUGGUCUGGGCCAAAAUGGACGGUUUUGAUUGGUGGCCCGGAAUGGUUGAAGAUUGCCCCGAUACACAGGAAUAUUUCUUGUCUUAUAUUGAUGACGAAGCAGAAGAUGAAUAUCAUGUUACGUUUUUUGGUUCCAUUCCUCUUAGAAGCUGGAUAUGUGUCUCAAGAAUUAUGGAUUUCCACGAUACUCCUCCUGCGGAUCCCAAACGAAAGAAGAAAUCGAAAGGGUUAGAGUAUGCCAUUGAACAGGCAAAUGAAGCAGCUCUGUUGUCGAACAAGGAGCGUCUCAUGCAACAUAGUUUUCUUGUACGAUACAAGGGACGUUGGAAAAAAGUUAGAAAUCCUGCCAGAGUGACGUUGCCACCUACUUGCUCCGACAUGAAAACGUCGAAGGAAUCAACAGAAUCCAUAUCUGGAAAUGCCAACAAAAAAUCCUCCAAGGGUGGAAGCAGCAGUCAAACGCUUGUUGCCACUAAGAAGCAGAAAGAUGAGACAAAAUCGAAAGCUGCCGCUAAGAGAAAGUUUAUCGAUGUUGACGAAGAAUCCCAAGCCAGUACAAACCAAAACGAGAUGGCAGGAAAAAAUGAUUCUGGAAAUCAUUUGGACAAACCUGGUGUUGAAGAAAAACAAAACUCAUCAGGAAAGGGCAAUGUACCACACAGUGAUCCAAAAAGGCCCCGCCAUGUUAAACCACAGACUUUUAAACUUGAACAGAGCCAAAACACCGGAUGUCAAGAGCCUUCUUUAAAUGAAGGAAAUGAACAAUCGGACGAUUCUGCAGUCUCUUCCGACAGAGAGAAUUUUCCAACAUCUAAAACCGCGGCAAUUUAUUCUGAUUGGCAAGACGAACCGGAUCCACCCUUAUGUUUUCCCGCUGAAGAAUCUUCAUCGGAUUCCGGAUCUGAAGAAUCGGAUGCGGAAUCAUUAACAGACAAUGAGGCAAAGGACAACGAUUCUUUCACUUCCGAAACUGAUAUAUUUCUGAAGCAGAACGAUGAUGAUUCGGCUUCUAAUCACGAUAAUAUUGCUUCCUCUUCAAAAAAUAAUGAUGCAUCUUGUUCUGUAAAUAGUGUUGAGGAUUCUGUUCAUCGGGAAAAACUGAGAAGGCAUUGGGAAAUUGCCGAUGCUAUCAUUAAUAAACAAAAAUGCUUACCUCAUUCCAGAAUGUAAAAGUACAAAAUCAUUUCACCAUAUCAAUUUUUAUUAUUAUAUUUGUCCAUAAGUUUUCUGUAUUAUAUUUGUCCAUUUUUUAUUUUAAAGGGGGGGGGGCAUGUAAUAUUCAUGAAAUUGUUAAUGUAGAUUGAUGUUGAAAUAUUGAUCUCUAAAAUAAUAUGUAUAUUUUGUCUGUUAUUGUUUGCACUGUUUUAAUUGAAUUGAUUGAGAAAUUGAAUACUUAUCAAUUCAAAUUCCUUAAUUCAAUUUUAAAUCCUGUAUACUCGGAGCCAUAUUACUAACCAGGGAAGUAACUUCCUAGAGGCAAUUGCAUUUUGCAGCAUUUUCUGACUAAUGUAACAUUGAACCAUUAUUGGACUUACAAAGACCGUAAGAUCGAGUUUAUUUAAAUUAAAAUAAAUUCUCGUUUAAAUUAUGAAUAUUCAGAGUCGUAUUAUUAAAUAAAUGAAGUUGGUAACUCUCUAUAUACGAUUGCAAGAGAUUUUACAGCAUUUUCUAAUUUUUGUAAUUUUGAACUUUGAUUGAAUUUACUAAGACCAUAGAGCUGAUAUAUAAAUGGAGGAAGCUAGUCACUUGUUUCUAGUCUAAACAAGUGUACGCAACACGAACCAUGUGACUUGUGAGAGAUCUGGCCUCUUUUGGCGCCAUUUCUCAAUCUUGGCGUACUCAAACUGACGCGCAACAUUUUGCUUCCCGGCAUUGGGUCCGGUCGGUUUUAAUUUCAGGUUAACAUUUCCUAAAUAAUUUAUGUGUAUAUAUAUUCAUUCUUUGAAAACUAAGCAAACUGGUUCCGAAUUUUUUUUUUUUUUUUUUAAAUCAACAAACUCUGCUACUAAUGUUAAAUUAUGUUUACUUUGUUUUGUGCAUUAAUUAAAAGUGAGUAUUUUUCUUCUU